CUGGAGUGCCCGGGAGUCGCGUGCCGGAGCCGCGCGGCCGCGAACUGACUGACAGACCGACACGCACCUCCGCGCGCCACGCACGGGAGCCAGGCGGGUGGCCGCGGCCGCCGCGGCGCUGAGCAAACUCACCAGUCGCUGAGGUCCCCGCUUGCAAGCUGCAGGGCGGCCGCCCGGGGAGCGGCGACAGGGACGCAGCGCCCAGCGCCGGCUGCGUUGGAGCCACCGGCCACCGCGACGCCGAGCAAGAUGUUCGUCAAAUCCGAGAGCCUGGAGUUCAAGGAGGAGGAAGACGUGCUGGUGUUGCUGGGCUCGGCCUCCCCCGCCUCGGCGACCCUCACCCCGCUGUCGUCCAGCGCCGAGGAGGAGGACGAGGAGGAGCUGGGCGGGGCGGGCGGAGCUCGGCGGCCGCGCGGGACGGACGCCGGAGCCGGAGCGGGAGCCGGGGCCGGAGCGGGGGCCGGGGCAGAGACCGGGGCGGGGGUCGGGGGCGGCCCGGCGUCGGGGCCCGCGCGGCUGCUGGGGCUGGUGCACGAGUGCAAGCGGCGUCCGUCCCGGGCGCGGGCGGCGGCGCGCGGGGCCAAGACGGCCGAGACGGUGCAGCGCAUCAAGAAGAGCCGGCGGCUGAAGGCCAACAACCGCGAGCGCAACCGCAUGCACAACCUGAACGCGGCGCUGGACGCGCUGCGCGAGGUGCUGCCCACCUUCCCCGAGGACGCCAAGCUCACCAAGAUCGAGACGCUGCGCUUCGCGCACAACUACAUCUGGGCGCUCACCGAGACGCUGCGCCUGGCUGACCACUGCGGCGGCGGCCUGCCGGGGGCGCUCUUCUCCGAGGCCGUGCUGCUGAGCUCAGCCGCCGCCAGCGCCGGCGACAGCCCGUCCCCCGCCUCCACGUGGAGCUGCUCCGACAGCCCCGCGCCCUCCUCCGCCGCCUCCUCCACCUCCCCCUACAGCUGCGCCCUCUCGCCCGCCAGCCCCGCGGGCUCCGACCUGGACUACUGGCCGCCCCCGCCACCCGACAAGCCCCGCCACGCGCCUCCCCUGCCCCUCGUGAGGGACUGUAUCUAGG